AUGAAUUGCUCGAAUCUCAAACGUGUCAAUUUUAAGAACAAUAAGAUCACAUUUGGAAGUGAUGUAUUUGAGGGAUGUGCAUCACUGAGUUUGAUAUUAUUUAAUGAAGAAAAGACAACUUAUUAUAGUGGAGAAGUCAGUUAUACAUUAUAUAAACAAUUUGAACAAAAACAAAUGAUCUGUGACAACGUGAAAGUGAAAUUCAACGAUUUAAAAAUGUUUGGAAUUGAUAUUUUAAAAGAUGAAAAGGUUCAUAGAAUUGAUGAGGGGGCGUUCUUUAACAACACAACAAUUACUGAAAUUGAAAUACCUAAUAACAUCACUAAAAUUGGAGACUUUUGUUUUGCGUGUGCAACACAACUUGAGAAUGUCAUAUUACCCUUGUCAAUAACAGAGCUCUCUCCUUUCUGUUUUGAUAAUUGUGUUUCACUUGAAACGAUUAACUUGGAAAAUAUCACAAAAAUUGGGAUGGGGUGCUUUGAUAAUACGAAGUUUGAGAAAAUAUUAUAA